UGCUUAGAUUCUUUUCUUUUUAUUUUGAUAAACGGGACGGCCGCCGCCCCGCCGCCGGAGGAGAGCGCGCGCAUGGCCGCCACCCCCGAUCGCUCCCUCAGCUUCCUCUCCGCCCUCUACUCCCGCCUCCGCGCCGCCGCCUCCGCUUGGCGCCGCAAGGAUGCCCACACCCACACCCACACCCACACCCACACCCACACCCACCUGGGUCAGGAGGCAACCGUCGCCCGCCGACCGGGGGCGCCGCCGCCGCGCCGCUUCGGUCGGAACCUCGCCUUCGUCUCCUUCAACCUCGAGCUGCUGCUCUUUGUUUAUGCAUUCUGGAGGGCGAGAAGAUGGAAUUUCAACUGGAGGCAACCUCUUCAACUGCUGCUCAUGCUUGUAAUCCCUGCUCUAGCUACGCUCAUUUACGCUGCCUUUGUACGCUUCACCAGAACGCUUGAUCCCAAGGACAAGAAAACGCUCCAGCACCAAAAUGACUCUCUACAAAGGGGGUCCGCCUCUCACCACAACCGCCAAAGCAGUGCCAAAAAAUGUGAUCCUAUGGAUGAUGCUACCAAUUUUUCAUCCGAUACUGAUCCCGCAGAAACUUCUAAGCUUGGAAAACACCAUAGUUCGAGUGUUAACUUGAGAGAUGAUGGUGGAGGGGAUGUCUCUUGGGGCCAUAGCAAGCCAAUGCGUUCUGAUAAAACACACAUAACCAACAGUAGCGCAUUCCGACAACUAAUCAAUUGGUCAUCCGAGCAUUUAUCUGAUAACCCGGAGGACCCAAAUCAUCUGGAGGGGACUACCGCGGAACACCAUAGCAACUCAGGAGCUGAUGGUGCGGUUUGCUCUACUUCGCAGAGAAGCUCAUUAUUACGUGGUUGCAGUAUUGUUCACAUAGUUUCAAAUGCCACGGUUCAUGCUGACUUUAGUUCAUCAAUGAAUUGCCCAAAAUCAAAUGGAUGUCUGGCUGAAGAAGAUGCUGUGCAAACAGCACCGACUGCGCCCAAAUCAGACCUAGAGUUGCGUCAUGAGGGAGUUGAGAAUGAAUCUUCCAAGUUCAGUUUAGCAGAGGACAACUGGAUGCCCUUCAUUUCGGAGAAGGAGCUUUUAGCGAGUUCAUAUGCAGUAAAAAAUAUUGAGCCUCAUUCGGGGACUUCAGGAUUCACCUUAUGCAGUGAAGAGACUGAGAAAGAGGACGUUGCUGGAGGUUUCUGCUUUGUUAAGAUCAGUCCUGAGUUGAGCUUCUUAUCCCCUUCAGAGUUAGUUGUGGAGGGUGGCAAGGAUACCAGCGAGAAAAAAUCACUUGAGUUAGACAAAAAGGAUGGGAACAAUGUAGCUGACAAUUCAGAGGAGGCUUGUUGAGUAUGUCUCUAGUCAAUACUGCUGAACUGGACCAUGGAACUGAAGGUUUCUCUUUGCACCCUCAAGAUUCCAAUAUGAUGGAGGUUCCUGCAGUUACCAAUAUUUUUUCUGUUACUCCUGAAUUAAACCACCCAGCAUCUCUGGAAUUACCUGCAGAGAAUUAUGGGGACUCCAAUGAUGCUCAAACAUGUGAUGUGCACUUACUGGAGCAGAAAGGCCAGGAAGAUUUUCUGGAUCCACUUGUGGUCGAUUCUUUUGAGGACUCAUUUGCUACAUCAGAAUUUUUGUCGCGCAGUGCAGGUGCUGAGAUGACCGAAGUUCUGGGUGUUGUCAAGGAAGGUUUGUCUGAGGGGGCAUCUAACCAUCAAAAUGAUGUUGUCGCUCCUUCAGCAGAUGGCCGUGAUGCUGAGAAUGCGAUAAGCUAUUCAGUGUCUGUCGAACUCAUCCCAGAACCCAACAUAAUGGAAGCUCUUCAAAACGGUCAGGAAACAUCAUCUGAUCCAAUACACCACAGCAGUUUUCGUUCAGGGAUUUUCUUAUCUUCAAAUGAGAUUAGUAAUUGUGAAGCUUAUUCAAGUAACUCAAAUUCUUACACUUUAUAUGCCAACUCAAUGGAAAAUGAAGAACUUCUUGCUAGUAAAGGAGGAGGUUCUGUUUCUAAAGAUGAAAUGAACAUUGCUUUUCUGGACGCUUUCAUCUUGCUAGAAUAGGUUAAAAGUGG